AUGCAAGAAGACCACCCAAGAAUUUCAAUGGCAAAAGCAGGCAAGAUUCUGAGAAAAUCAGUCCAUACUUUUCUUCAGAACUACCAAUUCUUCACCUCAAUUGUGGCACUCAUUGCUUUACCCUUCUCAGCUUCGGUUCUCAUCUCUCAAGCAUUGGUUCCUUCAAGGUCUUCUCUUUUGCCCACCAUUUACAACCGCCUUCAGAGUCUUUUUGAUGCUGCAGGCUUCCCACCCUCUUCAGAAUUCUUCUCAAUUCUCAACCACAAGCUUUCCCAAACAAUCUCUUCCUCAAUCUUCACCAUACCAUUCACCCUCACCUUCUUGCUCAUAACCAAAGCCUCUGUGAUUCAAUGUCUCAAUCACCAAAAGCCAACAACUUUCUCAUCACACCCAUCUUUUUCUUCUGUCAUUUCUCUCUACAUCCCACUCCUCCACACCCAUAUUUUCAACUCAUUCUUGAUCCUCUCUGCUAAUGCAACAGUGUUUUCUCUGCUAUUCAUUGCCUUCAAUUUUCUUGAAGGAUUUGAGUUCUCGUCUCCCAACACCCUCCUCUUCUUAUCAGCAUCUGGGGCUGUUCUUUACUCUAUAGUUCUUGCCAAUGCUCUCAUAAUAUGCAACUUGUCAUUGGUUUUAUCAGGGACAGAGAGGAGUGGUGGCUACUUGGCAAUUCUCAAGGCAUGUAUUUUGAUAAGAGGAAGAACUGCAACUGCUUUGUCUCUGGCUCUGCCUGUCAACUUGGCCCUGGCUGCAAUCGAAGCAUUGUUCCAAUACCGGGUUGUAAGAGCUUGUCAUUUUGCAGGAAAGCUUGGAUCUUCUAUGGCUUUAGAGGGGCUUUUGAUUGCUUAUUUGUACUCAGUUCUUGUUGUUCUUGACUCAAUUGUGAGCUUUAUGUUCUUUAAAAGCUGCAAGCCAAGUUCUUGGGCUGAUCAAGAAGGUAAACACUCUUGUGGGAUCGAAUACAGAGACGAAGAAAGUUGUGGUGGCUAUGGAAAUUUGAAGACUCUGAAAGAGCUUCCAUGA